AUGGAGGUGACGGUGGAGGGUUCGAUCGGCUGCGGCAAGAGCACGCUGCUGUCCGCCCUGAGACGCGCGCGGUACGAGGUGGUCCCGGAGCCGGUGGCCAGCUGGGAUGCGGUGCUCAAGUCGUUCUACGCGGAGCCGAAGAAGUACGCGGCUUCGAUGCAGGGGCUCGCCCUCUGUUCGUUCUUGCGGACGGGUCCCUCCCUCGCUCGCGGAAUCAAGGUGUACGAGCGUAGCGCGCUGGCGUGCCUACACGUCUUCGGGGAGCUUCUGGGGGAGGACGGCAGCAUGGACGCCGUCCAGAUGGACGCCUUCCGCCGGAUGUUCGAGUCGAUGAAGCCGCACAUGGUGAUGCCCCGGGUCUGCAUCUACGUCCACCUGGACCCCGAGACGUGCCUAGAGCGCAUGCGGCGGAGGGGGCGCGACGCGGAGGAAAUCGUGUCGGAAGACUAUUUGCGUAGGCUCCACGCCAGAUACGUAGGAUUCGUGUUGGAAGGUAGGGUGCGAGAGGAGGACAUCAGGUUCGGUCGUCAGGAGUUUGCUCACUCGUGGUUCUCGGAAGUGUACGUAUUGGACGUGCGCACCAAUAUCCUCGGCCUGGCGAACACGCCGGUCAUCACGCUUGACGGAGGUUCCACCGUGAGCUACUUCGGCCCCAACAGGGCGAAGGUGGUCGAUGCGUCCAAGAAGCAAUCUCUCAUCACCGGUGCCUCGGUCAGCCUACCCGUGGACGUCAAGAUGGUCGGUCGGGACCAGUUGAAUGCCCUGGGCAUCCCGGAGGAUCAGCAGACGGCCAUGUUUUCCAAGUGGAUUGCGCUCAGCGAUGCGCAACGCACCCAAUUUCUGUCGACAUGGAAUGGGCUCGACAAGAGCGAUGCGGACGAGGUGCGCCAGUUCGUGCAGUCCAUGGUCGAGGCGCUUUCGGCAUAA